CGCCGCCAUGGAGCGGCGCGUGGCGGAGCAGCUCCGCAGCGCGCUGGGCCCGCUCGGCCUCGAGGCGCACGCCUUCAAGGUUGGGUGGUACAAUGCUGUUCUCCAGCCAGCCUUCCACCUCCCCUACCCAGAUGACACGCUGGCCUUUGUGGUCCUCAGCACACCGUCCAUGUUCGACAAGGCCCUUAAGCCUUUUGUGAGCAAAGAACGGUUAAAAAUAAUCAGGGAUCCUGUGGAUCAGUGUGUUUCCCAUCAUUUAUCCCGUGUGAAGGAGAAAUUCCCUGACCAGAGGGUGGAUAUCAUGUUUGAUUAUGAGAUGCUGCCGAGCCGAAAGCCCAAGUUCCUGGCACAGACAGCUGCCCACGUUGCUGGAGCUGCAUAUUACUACCAAAGGAAGGAUGUGAAGCUCGAUCCUUGGGGGAAAAAGAAGAUCUUUGGCGUUUGUAUCCAUCCCAAGUAUGGUGGCUGGUUUGCUAUCCGGGCUCUGCUGCUCUUCCCGGCCAUCCAGGUGCCAUUCCUGGAGCAGCCCCUCCCUGUGGACUGUGUGAGCUCCGAGGAGAAGAGGAUUGAGCUGCUGGAGCAGUUCAAUUUCCACUGGCAGGACGGCCGCUACAGGGACAUCAUUGAAGUGAAGGAAAGGUACUCGGAGGAGCAAAAGAACUACUUUGCCACUCCACCAGCCGAGAGAUUCCGGCUGCUGGGGCUCUCACAGGAAGCCCAGAGAAUCACAUUUCACUGAGAAAGCGGCUCCGCCGAGGGCAAAAGGGUAACUCAUGAGCACGGCUUUUCCCGGUGCCGAGGGGGAGGAGGAGGAGGAGGAGGAGGAGGAGGAGGAAGGAGGAUGGUUAUGGUGGUACAGACAUGGCAAAUCCGAGCCUCAAUGCAAACAUUGCAUUCAAAGGUCCCCAGAGAGAGGAGCACUGCUCUGCUGUCUGUUCUGUGCUGCUGCUGAUCUGGGGUGUCCUUUGGGGAGCCCAGUAUGCUGCUGUUAGCCUUUGGUUGGGAGUAGUUUAGACAUCCUUGCAACUUUAAAUCCAUGCUGCUUGGAGUAGUUUAGACAUCCUGGCAACUCCAAAAUCCAUGCUGCUCAUUAGAAAAAUCACUUUUGUUCUCAAAAAUUCUCUUUCUGAAUGUUCUGGUUUUAUUCUUUGUAGGUGUAAAAAAAAAAAAAAUCAGUCAUUGUACUACUUAGUUGGAUUUUGUCUAAACUUGGGGCAGGUAUUUUUUAGAUGUAGCCAGCAUUUUACUAUCCUGUAUCAUGACCCUCCCUAGGGAGCACAUAUCCAGUCUUUACAGCCUUGCCUAGGUCACAUUUAAGCAUUUAUCCAUUCACAGAGCUGACUGGAAUAUUUGGAAAGAUGCUGAGUAAUAUCCACAUGAUUGGAGGUUUUACUCAUGUUAACAUAACUGACUGAAAAAGACAAUUCUCGUGGCCUUUUCUAAGAUAGACCACAUUUGUGUUAAAAGUAUUCUUCAGUGCCAGCACACAGCACACCCCCCCCAGUUACUGCCACAGUUUCCUGGUGUGCUUUCUUUGUGGGAAAGAUUGUAAACCUGCACACAUGUAAAAGCCAUGGCACAAGGCCUUGUCACAUGCACAGGCAAACAAGCACAGAAGAAAGGGAAAUAUUAAUGACAUUUAUGUUACUUAUAUUGCUGGAUUAAACAUGUUCAGAUAGAAGCAACAUUUUUUUUCCAUUACUUUGUCCUGUUACAUUUGUUCAGAGGGUACAAGGCACCUGGAAAUCAGGAAUUAAUUUCUCUUUGAGCAAUUUGAGGCUCAGAUCUCGUUAAAGUAGUACACUAAAAUAAUAUUUUGUGGGAGUUGUUUUACUAGACUGCAGUGCAAUGCUGCAAAUGGACAGGCACUUUUUUUCCUUUUGAGAGUACUAACAUGAUGAUGAAGAUAUACUCACUUUGCAGAACUGAGCGCUUUCUUUUUUUGUUGGGAUUCUUCAAAGCUUUGGAGACUCCACCAGGAAGGUUGCCCUCACCAUUGUUCACUGCUUGAUACAGUUGGUCACAGUCAGUACACUAACUCAUUGUAAUCCAAAUUCAGGAUAACAAGUUUGCUGCCCUGUAAACAGAGUAGUGAGCGUGUGAUCACUGGGUUUGUUCACUGCAUUUGCUGUUACAAAAAAGUCUUUGUUGCUUUCCAUGCUUUGUUCAUCUCUGACUAAGGCAGGCACCUGACCUAGAAUGUGAUAGAGGUAUUGUGAUGUUUAAUUUAAGGUAAAGAAUGAAAUUUGUUUAAAAU